GAAUGAAAGAACCAAGUCCAACUAGGUCCUACUUCUCCUUUACCACCGCCACCACCACCACCUCUUCCACAUUAUGCUAUCCAACCAAGACCCCCAAGUAGGAAUAAUAGUACCAGUGCACCUUUAAAUUCAACUCAACAUCAUCGUCUUCAAUCUCAUUUACCAUCUUAAUUCCCUUCAACUCAUUUCAGUCGAACUAAAUUACCCCACAUCACCUCUCACUCAAGCUAUCCUUCUCGACCUUCACCUCAUCCAUCUCGAUUAUCCAUCAAUCUACAUCUUCACAUCACUCAAUCUUAAAAUUCCCAAAAACUCUGCUGAACGUGAUGAACUUAAGAAAAUGAUUCAAGCUGAAAAACGAAAUGCCGAUGAAGAUAACUUUGAUGAAGCGGUCGGAAUGAUUUGGAAAGCUUACAGGCCCACAAGAGUACCCGAUUCAACUCAGUCACUUUUCUUAGACCCAUCUUGUACCACCUUAUCACCCAAUUCAACACCCUUUUGAAUUCUGGUCCGUACCCUACGUGAAUUCGUACAUCGUAAACAAAACGAUGUUAACCUAUUGUUACCUUUAACGGGAGUUUUACCCGAUAUGAAAGCCGAUACCAAAAUUUAUUUGAGGUUCUGAGCUCUGAGGUUGAACUACACAUUGAAACUUGAACCAACGAAGAAGUCAAAGAAAUAAAGGAUACAUUCGGAUUGAAGUAGAAAUCAACAUCGAUCAAGACUUUGAAUAAUAAAACCCCGAAGCGAACCGAUCAAG